AUACUAAACCAUGAACUCCCCCCACUCUAACCAUGACAUCUUCUCACUCGUCCAUAAACAAGACUUCCAUGCUAUCUCAAGACUUCUAGACAACAACCCAUCCCUUGUCCACUUAAAAGACAACGACAUGAGAACACCACUUCAUUGGGCCUCCACCAAAGAAAACGCCGACAUCGUCAAACUCCUCCUGUCUCUCAAAUCUGACCCCUGCCACGCCGACGACACCAACUGGACGCCUCUAAUGAGCGCCUCCAGCUCCGGACACCCGCACAUCGUCAAACUCCUCCUCGACGCCGGCGCCAGCGUCUACUCUGUAAACGACCAACACCGCACAGCCCUUCACUACGCAUGCAGUAAGGGACACGAACGCGUCGCCAAACUGCUUGUUCAGGCUAACGCCCCCCUCAACUCUCAAGACGAGCUGGGCUGUACGCCUCUUCACAGAGCUACCUCCGCCGCUCACGAAAACCUCGUCACCCUCCUCCUCAAAUCCGGCGCAGACGUAAACGCCACCGACGCGGAAGGAAAUACACCACUACACAUAGCCUGCCAGCUCGGCAACGAACGCAUCGCCACCAUCCUCCUCGAGAACAACGCCCACGUUCACGCCCUCAACCAUCUAAAACAAUCCCCAUCAGACCUCUGUAGCACCCCAUAUAUGCUCAAUAUUAUAUCAAAACAUCAUCACUCCAAAUAA